AAAAAAAAAAAACCACAGUGGGCAGUCGCAGUGGGCGUAUCGAGGGUCCCAGAGGACGUGUGGCUCUGGGAGCGGGACGCCCUUCAAGGAGAGGAAGCCUACCCACGGAGCCGCUGUCGCCCGGGUAUUUGAUCCCGGCCUAGCUGGAACACGAGGCGUAAGACCGUCUGGUCCACCCCGGCCUGGGGCCUCGCGCUGACUGUCCAUCCACAGAAUGCUUCCAAAUAACAUGCAAACUGCCUCCUCCAGCGCUCAGACAGGCGCGCAUCAGAGAUCCUGGCUGGACUGAAGACCCUGUGAACUGAGUUUUGGAAAGAAGCUAGGAGGCUUUUUCCUGUGGUCUUCAGUCAGUGGUGUGUGUGUGUGUGUGUGUGUAGGUGGUGGUGAGCACCUAUCUGCCUAGCCCCACACACAAAAGCAACGUUUGUCCUGGGAUGAAAUGUUUACUGCCCUGCGAGUGGACGGGGCUGCCUGAGAAUGAAGCCACCUCCUGUCUUCCUGGCCCUGUUGCCUGGAGAGGGGCUCAGGGCUGACCAGAGUUGGGAUUAGAGCCCCCACCUGACCUCUCUUCUCAGCCUCCUUGGGAUUCUACGUCUUCAGCCCCCUGUGUCCCUGUCCUGCCUAAUUGGAGGGAGUAUACUUCCUCUUCCAAGUUUGCUCUAUUCCUUCAUCUCUUUCUCAGAGGGUGGCUCUGGGGUCCUUCUAAGGCCGACCUUAGCCUCAGAUGCUGCUGUCCACUGUCCACUGGAGAACAGGAGUCAGAAAUGCGCCAGAGGCAAGCUUGCUUCCAGGGAGCAUUUCCUGCCUCCCUGGUGGUCACAGCUCAGCAGGACCUCUGGCCUUCCUCAGAUGCCCUCUCAGGGGAAGCCAGCUAGCUCAGUCUUGGGCAGCUUUUGGCCAUUGCCUGAAAGAAGCCCCGGGGAUACAAGGCCCUGGGUCAAGGAGUGGGCACUGGACUUGUUCCUUCCAGAGCUGCCCUGCACAAAGGCAGAAGCCUGGUGAUGUCUGGGCCCUGGCAGAGAAAGCCAGUCAGGGAGACAUGACAUGGUAAGACAGUGGCAACUCCAGCCCCUCCUCUUUAUUUAUUUAGUUUUUUUUCCCAUACUGUGGAUCAGACUUAAGACCUUGUGCUUAUUAGGUAGCUUCAGUGCCACUGAGCUAAAUCCCCGGCCCUAAGCCCCUCCUCUUUUAAAGGGGGGCCCACGUGGGCCCAGGAGAGGACCCUGGUGGCUGUGAAACCAGAUGGAGUGCAGCGGCGGCUCGUUGGGACUGUGAUCCAGCGAUUUGAAAGGCGAGGCUUCAAACUGGUUGGGAUGAAGAUGCUGCAGGCACCUGAGAACAUCCUUGCUGAGCAUUACCAGGACCUACAGAGGAAACCCUUCUACCCAGCCCUCAUCAGCUAUAUGAGCUCUGGGCCUGUGGUGGCCAUGGUCUGGGAGGGAUGCGAUGUGGUCCGUGUCUCAAGAGCGAUGAUAGGACACACUGACUCCACUGAGGCGGCCCCUGGGACCAUCCGGGGAGACUUCAGCAUCCACAUCAGCAGGAAUAUCGUCCAUGCCAGCGACUCUGUGGAGGGCGCCCAGAGAGAGAUCCAGCUGUGGUUCCAGAAUAGUGAGCUGGUGAACUGGGCAGAUGGGGGCCACUACAACAGCAGCUGCCCAGCCUGAGGGCUCGUGUCACGCUUGGCACUCCACGGUCCAACCAAGGACCAUCUACCUCCGUCAACAAGAACUCAAUCCUACA